UCGAAUAGUUUUGAUGCACUUCGAUAUUCAGCAUUAUUAGCCGGCGGUAUUCUAUUAUUUGUUUCUGUUAUUUCACUACUCGUUUAUCUUAUUCGUAAACGUCCUCAAAUAUUAUUCUUUUGUACUAAUAAAUCAUUAACUUCAAAUUCAAAUCGAAAAUCAACAAAUCGACUAACAUUAGAUUCAUCUAUUUUACAACAACAUCAACCAUCACCUUCAGUAAAUUUAUCUCGUCCACGUUAUACGCCAGCACCUGAUAUAAAUGAUUUACCACCAUCUUAUUAUGCAGAUAGAAAUCAAACAUCAAUAAAUGAUUGUUAUGAACCACCGCCAUAUCCUGGUCCACCAUUAUUUUCUCCAGUACAACGUACUGAUUCAAUUUAUUAUGAAACGAUAAAAACACCGUCAACAUCAAAUUCAAUGUCUAUGCUACAUCCAAUGCCUUUACCUGAGCCACGUGCCUUUGCAAAUGCUCGAACACAUCGUGUAUAA